UGUUGCGCGCGCAUCGGGUGCGCACUGCGCGGUCAGCCGGCACGCCGACGCACGAAGCGCGCGAAAGUAAAAGUGCAGUGCAAUUGUGCAGUGAUAGUGCGAGACGUGACUGUGGAAUGGAUGGCGAGUGAAGAUGCGUGCACGCCGCGCGCGGAGGUAGCGCCGCUGAGCGCAGGCGGUGGCGCCAGCGGUGUCGGCAACGGGAGCGGCGGCGGCGGCGGAAGCGGAGGCGGGAGCGGAGGCGGCGAGCAGCGCGGCGAGCGGGGCUGCGCCUGCGCUGGGUGGCCGCCACGACGCCAGCCCGCACCGCACGAGAUACUCAGACCAAAACCUAGGAGACCGUCGAGCGGCUGCCGCCCGUCAGAUGAGGGCGCGUGGUGCGGCGGCGCGGGUGCCGGCGCUGCUGGUGCGGGAGCGGGCGGUGCUCGUGCGUUGCGCGUGCGUGUGAGCGGGACCGGCGCGGCCCCCGGUCCAGCGCAUGCGCGUCGCCUCUCGCCGCCGCCGCACGCGCACCGCGCUACCACGCCGCCUGCGCCCCUCUCUCCCAACGCUAAGCCAAACACAGAAGAGACGCCAGCGUCGGGCGAGUCAGGCGGAGUUCAGCUGAAGGCGGUCAGUGCAGUGUCCCCUCUGACGGCGGCCAGCGCGCCUGUACGGGGUGCGCCCGCGCAGAGUUCACACGCGCUCAAGCCCAAGCAUGAACACGUGCACAGGCCGGUGGAAAACCAGCCAGUACCAGUACAGAAUGGAGUGCGGGAGUGCAACAGCAGUUCUGAUGAGAACCGUUCAUCGGGCCACGCGUCCAUGUCGGACAGCGGGGGCGGGGGCGAGGCAGGCAGGGAGGAACCCAGGCGAGCCCGACAACCGCCACACAACAGGACCAAACACCGCCCACACAACAAGUUGCAGUCCCCCUGGCCAGGCGGUGGUGGACUGGAGGACAUCAGAUCGGCCAUCAAGCAGCUGACGCUACGAUCGCGCGACAGUAGUAGCACAGCCACCAGUGGCGGCAGCAACAACGGUGCCACAGAGACCGGCAGUGCGGCAGAGGCUCGCAGGCGGCGUGCACCGCUGGUGAGGCAGCCAUCGCUGGACACCGUAUGUACCAACGUCACUAGUGCUGACGAGUUCGUCUGGGUCGACUCGCACAACAGGCUAGUUGAGCUACGCUGCGUGCCAUGGACGGGCGGGGAGGUGAGCCGCGCGCUGCAGGUAGGCCGCUGCAAAGAGGUUGCGCACAAGAUGGCGCCCGACGCCCCGCCGAGACUGGCGUACUUGUUGCAGAGGGCAUUAGUGAGGAUAUCCCGCGAGGCGCAGCGCCUCUCGCAGAACUUCGGGUUCUGUUCUAAGCACGAGGUAGUUGGCGCCUUCAAGAUAGUGCUCAGCACGCCGCUAGCUGACGCUUGUAUCAAAGGAUGCCAGCGCGCGGCGACGAUGUACGCGACGGGCGGCGCGGCGGCGCGGCGACUCGGGUCAGCGGCGCGCGCCCGCACCAGCCUCGCGCCCGGACGCUUCCAGCGCUGGAUGCUGGACGUGCGCGUCGCUCCCUUCGUGCACGAAUACGCCGCGAUCUAUUUAUGCGCGGGCAUGGAGACGCUGCUCGAGGAGAUCGCCCUGAUCGCCGGCAGCAACGCUGGCAGUGGGCCCAUCACGCCGGCAGCCAUCGACCACGCCGUCGCCACAUGCGCCGACCUAUGGGGGCUGCUGCAGCCCUACAGCCACCUAAACGCCGGCAGGAUCGCGUCUGGAGCAUUGUCACUGUCGCGUUGGGAGUCUAUGAGUUCGCUGGGAUCUGGGUCGUCGUCGGGAGUGGCACGCCCGGAGAACAGGCAGCUUGGACUCAGUCAUGACUCCGGUAUCACCACUAAUGGAUCCGGUGGUUCCGGCGGUUCAGGUACAUCAGCCGGAUCGGGCGGGUCGGGCGCGGCGUCGGUGCUACUGACUACGUGUGCGGGCUCAGCUGCGGAGCUCCGCGCCGUGCUUCGCCGGCUCAGCCCGCGGGCUCCCCCUCUAUCCCCCGCGGCUGAGCGCGCACUGUACUACUUCAUGCGGUGUUCACAGUUGGAGCACAGCAGCGGCGCGUCGGGCGGCAGUUGCGGCGCGCCGGCGUCAUCGGGCGGGGGGCUGUGGGGCGAGCGCGGCGCCGGCGCCCUCCCCCCCCUCGGGGAGUGGGUGCGGGCCGUGCGCGCGCACGCCUCCCUGCGGCCCCCGCCCGCCGCGCCCGACGCCGACGACGUGCUGCAGGCCGCGCGCCUGCUGCUGCCGCAUGCCGACUGCCCGCCCCGCCCCGUCACGGUCGAAGAAGCGAUAGAGCCAUGGUGGUCGCGGAGCCAACGUUCGUCCGAGGAGGUAGGGCGGGCGGCGCUGUCGGUGGCGCAGCGUGCUCUGUUGGGCGGGCGGCCCGAGCUGUUGGGCGGGGUGCGAGCGCUGUUGCCGCCCGCGCCACUCGACGCGCCCGACCCCGCCGGACUCACCGCACUCAUGAAAGCUGCGCUCGCCGGGGAUGACCACAUCGUCGCCAUGCUGUUAGAAUCGGGCGCAGACCCGAACAUAGAAUGUGGCGGCGCGUGCGGCGCUCACUGCGCCCUGCCGCUGUCACCGCGCUCCCCGCCUGCCGCGCAGCCUGCUUACACGCCACCCACCGCUGGCUGGACGGCGCUAGUGUUCGCGUGUGCGGGCGCGGGGUCGGGCGGCGGCGGCGCGCUGGAGUGCGCGCGCAGGUUGCUGGCGGGCGGCGCUAGAGUGGAUGGCGCGCCGGCGAGAGGGGAUGACGUAUGCACACUGACGCCGCUGCAGAUCGCGUGUGGUGUCGGCAACUUGGAGCUGGUGCAGCUUCUCUUGUCUCACGGCGCUGACCCGUUCCUCUCUACGCAACUGAAUGACGCGUUAUGUUAUUCGGCGGCUGCCCAAUAUGGAUGUUAUAGCGCGGUGGGCGUAUGCUGUACGCACGGGCGGCGCGCGUGCCUGCGCGCGGUGGUGCGGGGCGGGUCGUCGCGCGGCGCGGGCGGGGCGGGCGGAGCGGGCGCGGUGCUGUCGCUGGAGGAGGUGCUGGCCGAGGGCGCGCCGCCCGCCCCACGCGCGCCCUACACCAAGCUGCAGCAGCGCGCGCUGCAGGACGCCAUGUACUGCAGCGCCGAGACCGACCACCUGGAUAUAACUCUGGAGUUGCGAGCGCUGGGCGUGCCGUGGUCGCUGCACGCGUGGACACUGUCGCUGGCGGCAGCGGCGGAUGCUGCGCUGGACCACGUCAUAGAUCAACUUCUACAGGACUUCUUGCAGGUGUGCCCAUCAGACGACAGCCAUUACAGCAAGCAGUUCAUUUACGAGUGUCUCCCUCUGCUGUUUAAUAUUUUAAGAUACAGCAAGAAGGAGGGCACGGUGCUACUGCUAGCGGACAUUCUGUGCGCGUGCUACGGCUGGGAGCGCGUGCCGCCCGUGCUGGAGCCCCCGCCCGCCCACCAGCCGCCGCCCGCCCGCGUCGACCCCUCCUACGUCAACAACCCCGAGCUGGCCGACGUCACCUUCAGAGUGGAAGGUCGUCUGUUCUACGGGCACAAGAUCGUUCUGGUGUCGGAGUCGCCGCGCCUGCGUGCGAUGCUGACGCCGCCGCGGCAGUCCAACGAGGGGCUGCCCAAUGCCAACACCGCACCACCUCUUGUACAAAUCAACGAUAUUAGAUACCAUAUAUUUGAGCAAGUGAUGAAGUACCUCUACUCGGGCGGGUGCUCGAAUCUAGAUAUUCCGGAGUCUGAUGUUCUGGAGGUGCUGGCAGCAGCCGCCUUCUUCCAGCUGCUGCCGCUGCAGCGCCACUGCGAGGCGCGUGCCGCCACCACCGUAGACCUGCACAACCUGGUCUCCGUCUACAUCCACGCGAAGGUUUACGGUGCAACUCAACUACUUGAAUACUGUCAAGGGUUCCUACUCCAGAACAUGGUGGCGCUGCUGACAUACGAUGACUCCGUCAAACGCUUGUUGUUCGGCAAGCGGCUACCGGGACACAACGUGCUGGGUGCUCUCUUAGCUACGCUGCAGAAACGAAUCGAAACUAGGAAAACUCAAGCUAAAUCUAGGUAGCAUUAAAAGGAUUGAUAAAAAAAUCUAUGAUGAUAUUUUAAAGCCAAUGUAUUCACUGAUAAACUAUUAAAACAAAUUAUUAUUGGGCAACUGUUUUAAAUGUAAAGAAAAUAUAACUAGAAAAAAUUCCACGCGGACCAGGCACCAGACGGGACGCGAACCCGCAUCC